GCCUUCAGCACAUCGGGACUCCGCUUCUCACUUUGGAUUUUGGAGGAGCUGGAGGUGGACUUAAUUCUGUUUUUCUUCUUCUUGUGUGUGCUUCGCCUGAAGUCGGGACUUGCACGGAAAGAGUGAAACUGCUUGAGGAUACCCUCCUCAAGCUGAAGCCCAGGUGUCCAAACGGCGUGCCAGGAUCUCUCCUGUUUUGGACCAGGGAGUUUAACAGCAGCUGCUGAUUUCCGUACAGGCUCUCAGGAUGGGGAGUUCUGAGGAAGCUGCUCUGUUCGACUGGGCCUCGGCCAUUCAGCUUGCGGCCUGAGGAGGAGCAGGAGUGGCAGGAGGUGUGGGGGGGGGAGGGCACCGAGGACCCAAGGGUGGACUAUAACUGCGCCCUGCCAGGAUCAGGCUCGUCCCACCAGUAGCUAUGUCGGCGCCUAGAAGCCCUUCAUGCAUGUGUCGCUCCACGACAAAGGCCAACCUUCUGCUGUGGGUGGGGCUGGCGUCCAUCUGCUUGGCCUCCGUUCAGUCCCAGCUGCACCCAGUGGUCACCACUAACUAUGGGAAAUUGCGGGGAGUCAAGGUUACAUUGCCAAAUGAGAUCUUGGGACCAGUGGAACAGUAUUUGGGGAUCCCAUAUGCACUGGCCCCUACGGCGGAGCGGAGGUUUCAGCCGCCGGAGCCCCCCAUGUCUUGGCCGGGCAUUAGGAAUGCUACUCAGUUUGCUCCCGUGUGUCCUCAGUUCUUAGAGGACCGCUUUUUGCUCAAUGACAUGCUCCCUGUGUGGUUCACCGCAAACUUGGAUACAGUGGUGAACUAUGUGCAGGAACAGAGCGAGGACUGCCUUUACCUAAACAUCUACGUCCCCACAGAGGACGGGGCCAACUCAAACACGCAAGGGGCAGAUUUCAACAAUAAUGAUCGUGGCGCUGAUAAAGACAUCCACGAUGAGAAUGGGUUAAAGCCAGUAAUGGUUUACAUCCACGGAGGCUCCUACAUGGAGGGAACCGGAAACAUGAUCGAUGGCAGCAUACUUGCCAGCUACGGGAACGUCAUCGUCAUCACAAUCAACUACCGGCUUGGUGUUCUGGGGUUUCUAAGCACAGGAGACCAGGCAGCCAAGGGCAACUACGGCCUGCUGGAUCAAAUCCAGGCCCUCAGGUGGAUCAAAGAGAACAUUCAGGCCUUCAAAGGAGAUCCGAAGAGGGUAACCAUUUUUGGCUCUGGCGCUGGAGCUUCGUGCGUCAGCCUGCUCACCCUCUCACAUUACUCAGAAGAUCUGUUCCAGAAGGCCAUCAUCCAGAGUGGCACAGCACUGUCCAGCUGGGCAGUCAACUACCAGCCUGCCAAGUACACACGGGCCCUGGCUGAGAAGGUGGGCUGCAACAUGCUGGACACCAUCGACCUGGUGGAGUGCCUGCAGAACAAGAACUACAAGGAGUUGAUUGAGCAGUACAUCACACCCGCCAAAUACCACAUCGCCUUUGGGCCCGUGAUCGACGGCGACGUCAUCCCAGAUGACCCCCAGAUCCUCAUGGAGCAAGGCGAGUUUCUCAACUACGACAUCAUGCUCGGGGUCAAUCAGGGUGAGGGCUUCAAAUUUGUGGAUGGCAUCGUGGACAGCGAGGACGGGGUGUCCGCCAACGACUUCGACUUUGCCGUAUCGGACUUUGUGGACCACCUCUACGGCUACCCAGAGGGCAAGGACACCCUGCGCGAGACCAUCAAGUUCAUGUACACAGACUGGGCGGACAAGGAGAACCCGGAGACCCGACGCAAGACACUGGUGGCCCUGUUCACAGACCACCAGUGGGUGGCGCCGGCAGUGGCCACUGCGGACCUUCACGCUCAGUAUGGCUCGCCAACCUACUUCUACGCCUUCUACCACCACUGUCAGAGCGACAUGAAGCCCAGCUGGGCCGACUCGGCGCACGGCGACGAGGUACCAUACGUGUUCGGUAUCCCCAUGAUCGGCCCGACGGAUCUCUUCAACUGUAACUUCUCUAAGAACGACGUGAUGCUAAGCGCUGUCGUCAUGACCUACUGGACCAACUUUGCUAAAACAGGGGAUCCAAACCAACCGGUUCCACAGGAUACCAAGUUUAUCCACACAAAGCCCAACCGUUUUGAGGAGGUAGCCUGGACCAAGUAUAACCCCAAAGACCAGCUCUAUCUUCAUAUCGGCCUCAAGCCUCGAGUCCGGGACCACUACCGUGCCACUAAGGUGGCUUUCUGGUUAGAACUAGUUCCGCAUCUCCACAAUAUCAAUGAAUUUUUUCAAUACGUAUCCACCACCACCAAAAUACCUCCCCAGGACACCACCCCUUACCCUUACACCAAGCGGUUCCCCGGCAAGAAUACCUGGCCGUCCACCACCCGCCACCCAGGGGUCCCACCCGCUAACACCAAGCAGACCACUGACCAGCGCAAGAGCGGCGACCUGACCGACGAGUCCACCGUGGUGAUCGAGACCAAGCGAGACUACUCCACUGAGCUCAGCGUCACUAUUGCGGUUGGAGCCUCCCUGCUCUUUCUGAACAUCCUCGCCUUUGCCGCACUCUACUACAAGAAGGACAAGCGGCGGCACGAGUCCAACCGACGGGUCCUCACCCCGCAGCGCAACUCUGUGGUUGCCAACACACCCUCCGCCGCCAACGACGUGGCCCACAUGCAGAGUGAGGAGCUAAUGUCCCUGCAGAUGAAGCAGCAGCAGCUGGAGCUGGAGCACCACCAUGAGUGCGAGUCACUGCAGACCCACGACACACUGCGCCUCACCUGCCCGCCCGACUACACCCUGACGUUGCGCCGCUCGCCCGACGACAUACCCCUGAUGACGCCCAGCACCAUCACCAUGAUCCCCAACUCGCUGGCUGGCAUGCAGCCUCUGCACAACUUCAAUACUUUCGGUGGCAGCCAGAACAGUACCAACCUACCCCACGGCCACUCCACCACGCGGGUAUAGCUUCAACGGGACCUCUGUCCAGGUUGGCCACCAACAUCCAGAGGCCAAAUACCAGUGGCUGAGUGUGUGAUUCAGAAGAUGUUAUUUUGGUAUCAUAUCUUCUGGGAAAGCAUAUACAGUUUAAAUUGAUCCGGGAAAUAUUCAAAGCGAAUGUUACUUCAGUAAUAACGACAAGAGCUAAGCUUCAUGGAUGGUUUUUCAAGGAGUUUGACCAAAACAAAAGGAAACCAGGGGAUGACCAUUUUUCUUCUUACAAUGUAAAUUGACGGUUUAAGUGUGACAAAGGAGCUUUUGCAGAGGUUUUGUCCCAUAAAAACUCAACUGGAAGACUGUUGAAAAAGCAACAAUUAAACAUCUGAAAUGGCAUCCUUUCCUUCAUGCAUUAGACAUCUGACUUGGGCACAGAAUUCUAAACCCCAGCCUGAAAUGUAUUUAUGAAAAUUUUGUAAAAAAAAACAAGAAAAAAAGAAGAGAAAAGAGGUAUAUAGUUGUGUGUGGAAAUUUUUAAAUCAAAAAAAGAGAAAAAUCUGUAUUAAAAUAGAUCCUUCUAUUAUUGUUUUGUUUUUAUUAUUAUUUUUGGCUGAGAUUUUGUUGAGGUUCCCCAGGCUUGUACGUUCUGUUUUGGUGCCUGUAAAUAUGUCAAAAAAAUUCAUUCUUUCUUCCGAUGACAAAACUUCUUUCAAGUUUCCAUAUGUUUUUCCACAGAACAACCAAAAUGCGAACAGAAUCCAUCCUCGGGAGGUGUGUCUGCUGUUCAUCACACAUCGCACCGCUUCCUUUUCACUCGUUAGAC